UCCAGAGAGUGGCACCACCCAUGCAGCUGCAGUUGACAGCGUCUUCCUCCUCGUCACCUCUGUCAAUCUACACGCCGCUGCAACCGAUUCACGAUGCUGCGAUCGUCCAUCGUCCCUUGCAGAUGUACGAGAAAUUUUUGCCUUGUACGCAGCCGAAUUCGACGACACCUAUACCCGUGUACCAACGACCGAUGGAAUUGUACCAGGAGCCGAUGCUAAAGCGAAAGAGUCAAGGGGUCGACUUCAACAAUCUCAUAUUACUGACGAAGAACAGCAUCAAGACGCGACGCGGCUACUCCAAGCCCGCUGUUCAGCAGCCUUUUCUUCUGGAUUCCAGGCAGAGCCUGAAAACUUCCAGUCACAACGUGCAGGUACAGUGGUUCGACAGGGAUCACUGUGCGAAGAGAGCGAAGGAGGUCGUGACCGUAAACACACUCGUGUCCGAGCUGCGCAGCUUCGAGGAGAAGUACGAAUAUUGCAGAGAAGCCGGCACCAGCUGGAAAACAGCUGCCGAAUCAACGCAGGGCCAGCAAAGGUCGUCCGAAACUUCAUUCCGGUUGAAGGACAGAAUCUUUGGGAACGAGAGCUCGAGACGCAGAUCGAAGGACAAAUUCUUUGAGAACGAGAACUCAAGGUACAGGGCUUCGGAGGCCAAAGAGGAGAAGAGGACGAAGCGGCCGCUUUAUAGAGAUGUUCUGGCGAAUACCUCGAAUGAAGCGGCCCUAGAUAACGUCUUCGAGAAGAGAUACGACGAGCUCGAACAGCAAGCGAUGGAACAGUACAGUAACUCGGAGGAAUCGCUAGCGCUCAAAUAUCAGGAAUUGGAACGUCAAGCGAUGGAACAAUACAGAAAUAGCAACGCGGGAGAAGAGAAGCGCUCGACGGAUCAAGAUUGUCUCGAUGGGCAAAAAUGCUCGAGAUACGGACACUGUAGUCCCGUGAAGGGACAUCCGGAGAAGAAGGGUAAACAUAGCGUUUCCCAAAUUAUAAUAUGUCGGAUGACGUUUAAUAUUCUCCGAUUAAAAAUAACGAUUUUAAAUAACAAUCUGUUAGACUCCUGUUUUCCACAAAUCACUCUGUUGAAGCCGAAGGGUAAAUCCUUACCGAACGUCUGUCACGGAUUAUCGUGCAAUGGCAGUAAUCGUCAAGCAGCCAUCGUUUCGAGAAGUUUAUCUGCAUUGCCGGACGGAUCGUCGAAGGAAUCGAAAAACAUAUGUAGGGGUGCAUCAGGAGAUAAAAUCGAUACGAAUGUUUCAGUUCGAGCAUCGUUGAAGCGGCGUCUGAUACUGAUGUCACCCUUCGAGCGCAAAUCAGAGGCCAGACGAAUAAUGAAAGCGACGGAACUGCGUGGUAUUUGCUCGUUCUCUCAAACAAAAAGGAUGCUCGACUAUUGCCGGACCUCCGAAAUCGCCCAGAACGGUAGCGGUGACGAAAAUAUUACUAUCAUGCAAUCGCCGGGCACUAAAGUUUGGCUGUCCGGAUUCUGGACCACUUAAGGGAAAUUCAACGAAUUUUCUUGAGAAAAAUUAAGCUACCAAGACUCUUUCGCGAAGACAAUGUCGGUGAGUUGAACCAAAGAAAUUCUUCAG